GUCAGAUGGUCGGGAGGAGAAGGGGAAAUGAAAUCCUCCAGCCUUAACUCGCUAUCUAUCGGGAGCUGCUGGUUGCCUCGUCCAGUUUCUUCUACAUACCCCGCAUUGGGGGAGGAUUGUCGCUCUGGAGCAUCUUUAGCAUCUUUAGCACCGUGUCUGUCACACCCAGCUUCAUUCCUGCCUUCAUCAUCACUACCAUCAACGUCGUCCAUCUUGGGUGAAUCCGGAGUUAGUGUCACCCCGGUUCGUCGUCUACUAGUCUACAAGACUACUAGUAGUUAGUGACUGACACUUGCUGGGGAUAGCAAAUUGGUAAAGAAUGGUAUGUAACCUUCAUCUACUACACUAUAUACUACUCUACUAGUAUAUUUAGCAAGGCAGGAC